AUGGCUCCCUCCGCCACCACCACCGCCGCCGCCGAGCAGACGACGGACGUCACCUACGAGGACCUGAUCCAGUUGGAGCAGGAAUUCGAGGACGCCGACCUCCAAAUCAUCCGCCACCAGUACAAGAUCACCCAGCCUCUCUUCGCAAAGCGCCACGAAGUGAUUUCCAAGCUGCCCAACUUCUGGGCCCUGGUGUUCGAGCAGGUGCCGCCGGAGCUCGACAACUUCAUCCAGCCCUCGGACUCGAGCAUUUUCGCCGACUGCCUGAAGAGCAUCGAGGUGACGCGCUUCGAGAUCGACGACCCGGCCGGCUCGCCGCGCAGCUUCUCGGUCAAGUUUGGCUUCAGCCCCAACAAGUACUUCGACAACGAGGUGCUGGAGAAGAAGUUCUGGUACCGCCACUCCCUCGACGGCUGGUCCGGCCUGGUGUCGGAGCCGGUCAAGAUCAACUGGAAGAAGGGCCAGGACACGACUGACGGCCUCACCGACGCCGCCGUCGAGCUGUUCGACGCCCGCAAGACGCUGUCGGCUGACAAGGUGAAGUCUGAGUUCAAGAAGCUGCCUCAGUACAAGAAGCUUCUGGAGAAGAUGGAACUCAGUGAAGAGGGCACUCUCAGCUUCUUCACCUGGUUCGGCUUCGUUUCGGUGCGCCCUUUCGUUGCCGCCGAGGAGUCGGCCAAGGCCAUCAAGAAGGAGGCUGAGAACCGGACCAAGAAGUCCAAGGGUGAGAAGGUCGAGGAGAACAACGAGGACGAGGACGAGGACGACGAGGAGAUUCAGCUGUUCGCCGAGGAGUCUGAAGUCUUCCCUACGGGCGACGAGCUGGCCACGCUCAUUGCCGAGGACAUCUGGCCCAACGCCAUCAAGUACUUCACUUCUGCCCAGGAGGCGGACGACGACCUCUCCUCAAUCGAGGACAUUGAAGAGAUCGAGUUCGACGACGACGAGGACGAGCCGGUUGAUAUCCGCGCCCUCGUCGGCAAGGGAAAGAAGGAGAAGAACGGCGAGAGCUCCCCUCCUGCGAAGAAGCGCCGCACCUAG